ACCCCCCCCCCCCCUUGGACCUUGGUUUGUUUCCUUCCCACACGCGCACACACACAGACAGACAAGAGGAGUGAGGGGGAAGAAGUGCUUGACUUCACCACCAAUGGCGGCUGCUGCGGCGGCGCUCUUGGCCUUCGUCGCCGUCGCCGGCGCCUUGGUUGCGCAGGCCACCGACCCCUACGUCUUCUUCGACUGGGACGUCUCCUUCAUCACCGCUUCCCCGCUAGGCCUUCCCCAGAAGGUUAUCGCAAUCAACAAGCAGUUCCCUGGCCCCGUCAUGAACCUCACCACCAACUACAAUGUGGUCGUCAAUGUGCUCAACAGCUUGGAUGAGCCAUUACUCAUCACUUGGGAUGGGAUCCAGCAAAGAAAGAAUUGCUGGCAGGAUGGUGUUCUUGGCACAACCUGCCCCAUACCUCCAGGUUGGAACUGGACCUACAAUUUCCAAGUCAAGGACCAGAUUGGGAGCUUCUUUUACUUCCCACCCCUUAGCCUGCAGCGUGCUGCUGGUGGUUUCGGAGGUAUUACUGUCAACAACCGCGCCGUCAUUUCUGUCCCAUUCGACACACCAGAUGGAGAUAUCACCUUGUUCAUUGGGGACUGGUACAAGAAGAGCCACACGGACCUGAGGAAGAUGCUCGAUGAUGGAAAAGAGCUCGGGAUGCCUGAUGGAGUUCUGAUGAAUGGCAAGGGGCCGUAUAGGUACAAUGAUUCCCUCGUCCCUGCUGGCAUUGAACAUGAGACUAUCAAAGUUGAACCAGGAAAAACAUACCGUUUCCGUGUCCACAAUGUGGGUAUAUCGACGAGCUUGAACUUCAGGAUUCAGAACCACAAUUUGGCCCUUGUUGAAACUGAGGGAUCAUACACAAUGAAGCAGAAUUUCACAAAUCUUGACAUCCAUGUGGGACAGUCCUACUCAUUUUUGAUCACCAUGGAUCAGAAUGCAAGCAGUGACUACUACAUUGUGGCCAGUGCUAGGUUUGUUAAUGAAUCACUGUGGACCAAAGUUACCGGUGUUGCAAUCUUGCAGUAUUCAAAUUCAAAGGGAAAAGCUUCUGGCCCUCUUCCUGAUCCACCAAAUGAUGAGUACGACAAAACUUUCUCAAUGAACCAGGCACGCUCCAUCAGGAUGAAUGUGAGUACUGGUGCUGCUCGUCCAAAUCCUCAAGGUUCAUUUCACUAUGGCUCUAUCAACGUCAGCCAGGUUUACAAGCUCAGGAAUGAACCACCUGUUACUAUCAACGGGAAAAAACGGACUACACUGAGUGGUAUCUCUUUUUCCCCACCUGAUACCCCUAUGAGGUUGGCGGAUCUCUAUGACAAGAAAGGAGUGUACACGCUUGACUUCCCUACUAUGCCAAUUGAUGGACCGCCAGUGAUGAAAACUUCUGUCAUUAACUCCACAUACAAGAAUUUCUUGGAAAUUGUAUUUCAGAACAAUGACACGAAAGUCCAGACCUACCAUAUCGAUGGAUAUGCAUUUUGGGUUGUAGGGAUGGACUAUGGUGAGUGGACUGAGAAUAGCCGUGGGACUUACAACAAGUGGGAUGGUGUUUCUCGUUGCACCACACAGGUAUUCCCUGGAGCAUGGACUGCUGUGAUGCUGUCACUUGACAGCCCGGGUUUUUGGAACGUACGCACCGAAAAUCUGGACACAUGGUAUCUUGGUCAGGAGACAUACAUCAGGGUGGUGGAUCCAGAUGGAGGCUAUAAUGUCACUGAGAUGGUGGCUCCAGAUAACAUGCUCUACUGUGGCCUCCUCAAGGAUAAACAGAAGGCUCAGAAGCCUCAUGGUUCAUCAAGUUCAUCAUCCUCUGCUGCAUCACCAAACCGCUAUUGGCUUGCAGUUGUGGUGUCUCUGGUAGCGGCGGUGUUCGUCCAAUGAAAAUAUUUUUCCUGUUAGUGCCCUGUUGGCUGUUGUUUGCAAAUUAGGAAACUGACAGAAUUCGGGUAGGUCGAAAAAUUUGUAGGUUCCAUGAUUCGUGUGGAAUACUGUCAUUGUGCAUCGGCAAAGUUUGUCGGAAUUUAACAGAGAUUGUGUAAACCAUUGCAUUGAGUCUGUGUGUCGGCACCUGCAAGGAGUGGUGCCUGAGAGUGUGUUUUCUCGCAUCGAUCGACUUAUUAGUAGAGAUCUGGAUAUUGAUGAUUGUCAUUCCAUCUCAAUUUAGUACUACUAGCUAGAGAAGUUUGUCUCUCCUGUUCCUGUCUCUCUGUAUGAAGUUGCAGAUACUAUAAUAUUUUGGGGCUUGCAACUA